UCCUCGGCAUUCUUCACUGGGAAGCCCCGGAAGAGGAUCGCGCCGCUGCUGUCGAGAAGGGAUUCCAGACCGGGCUUGUUCUUCCGGAUCGCCGCUGCCAGGGCUUCCAGCGAGGGAUGAUCGCUGCCGGGAACUAAAACCUGUGGAAAUGGAGGAUUGGAGUGAUUUGCAGCAGGUGGAUCAGCCACAAACUCCGCCACGGCCGCCAAUAGAUCCGCCAUAGCUAAGCUCUAAGUCCUACUAUCUUAGUCAAUAAUGUGUGAUUAUAAUACUGACACGUCAGCCACAAGCAAAUAGUUACAGGUGGCUUUCCACGUCAGCUAGCUAUUGGUCUGGUUUGAACCUCCGACCUGUGGGGUUUAUUGCGCUUAUUCGCGGGAACAUCACAUUUCCUCGCGAGGCGCAUCGAUCGAUCGGGGCGCGAUGGCGAGGGCGCGAUGAUCCUUUGACGCCAAGACGGGGAAAUCUCCCACGCGCGGCGCUGGAGCUCUGAAGCUGGGGCGUUCUUGCUGCCUGAUCGGAUUCUUGCUUUUAGGGAAUGCUGGGCUCGUCGGGCGGGCACUGGCCUGGGAAUGGCUUCUUCUCGUCGGGAGGUGCGAAAUCUAGGCCCUUUUACGGGAUUUCUUUGUUGUGAUGUUUCCCUCUUUCCAGAGAUUCGGAAGAAGGCGCAAGAUGUUGAGGAACUCGUGAACGCGAGCUUUUCAUGGACAGCGCAGAAGGAAAUUCGCUUCUCCCGGGCGAUUGAAGAGAUUCUUGGCGACCUGGAGCCCUCCCAAGAAGAUCGCGACGCCCGAGCAGCUAUUGUCGCCUCGUUCGACAGCUUUGUCAAGCAGACUUUAUCUGGCUCGUCCGUCGUUGCUCCUUUUGGAUCAUAUGUAACCAACACAUUCACUUGUGACAGCGAUCUCGAUCUAUCGCUUUACGUGAAUCGUAUGAACCCUCUUUCCCGAGAAGAAAAACUCUACUUUCUGAAAAGGGUCACGACCAGUUUGCAAGCAAUGCAUGCACGGUAUGAUCAAAUACAGCCCAUUUACAAGGCUACUGUUCCUGUGGUGAAGUUCGUGGACCGUAAAACUGGAAUACAGUGUGAUCUCUCUGUAGACAACAAAGAUGGUGCAUCAAAAUCGUUGGUACUAGCUGCUCUAUCUUCAAUCGACAAGCGCUUUCGCCCACUCUGUCUACUGCUGAAAAAAUGGGCUAAAUCUCACGAGAUCAACGAUGCUAGCGCUGGUACCUUGAGUUCGUAUGUCAUCACACUUUUGGCCAUAUUUCACCUUCAGACAUGCUCCCCUCCAGUUCUCCCGCCAUUGUCUAUGAUUAUUGGAGGACUGGACCUACGUGAUGCUUCCUAUUGCAGCGGGUUUAUAAGUGCCCGCGCCAAAGCUUUUCAGGGCUUUGGUGCUCGCAACAUGGACAGAAUCUCCGAGCUCUUUAGGACCUUCUUUGUAAAGAUCACCGCUGUCAAGGCACUCUGGCAGGAAGGACUCUGUGCGAGUACUUACCAUGCACAGUGGAUCUCAAAGUGGCCAAGCUUUCACAAUGGUUGCAUUUGCGUGGAGGAUUUUUAUGAUCCGUCACGGAAUGCUGCCAAAGCCGUGACACCCAAGGACUUCGAGUACAUCUACCAGUGCCUGGAGAACUCGGUAGAUGCGUUCCGAAGGCCAAUCACGGAUAUGGAAUCGUUCAAGAAGAUGAUCGUCGGCGAUGGAUGUAUGCCGAAGGUUACUCCACCACCACGGCCUGAGCCACGAUUCCCAGACCCGCGCGACAUUCGUCCCAGCCUCGCAGUGCCUCUCCUCCUCCAAGGCCGACCUCACAGGCCUGCAUUGGGACCUCCAAACCGCCGGUUCUAAAAACUGAGGAAACGCAAUCAAACUAAUUCGUCCGAGUGUCAAAGGCGAACUUUAAAGUUAAGGUAAAUUAUUGUUUCCAUGGAACUCCUCGGAGCACAAAGUGCUCUGGAAGUUCUUCAUUAUAAUUUAUCUCUUCCAUCUCAUGUUUGAUUGUUGGUCACUUGCAAAGAAAAUAGCUUUCAUUCAUCUAGUAUCACUGCAUCAAAGAAAUUCUAUUA